CUUGGGUAAACUCAGGGGUAAAGUUGGUAACAAGCUGCUGCAGCUCACACCGAAGCAGCUGAGCGGCGCAUUGUUUGCGGCUUCCCUCCCCGGUACAGCAAGCGACAUGAUUGCCCCCCUGGAGACCCAUUGGAUCUCCUUCCAUGUGGCCUGCCUCGCCGCUCUCCAACCGGCCCCGGUCAGGGCAUUCCGGCUGCAACCCUGAUGGGAGAUUGUCGACCCAACCAGCCGCCAAUGUCAUGCAUUCAGACCAGUACGCCGAAAUAUUCCCUUUGGGUUUCAUGAUCUAAUUACGGUCUCCCCGACACCGGCGAGCUCGUUAGCGAUGCAGUAACCUUCCUUCCCUUCAUUACCUGUUUCUCGUCGAUGUGAGCACUUAGUUGCCUCGAGUCCUCCGCUCACACGAGCAACUAGCAACCACAUCGGAAGCGCCCGAGCGGGCUCAAGAUGGAUCAGAACCUGAGCGACGCGGCGGUCCAGGAGCUGGAGCAGCUCCUGGACACCAAGAUCUACCCCGGCACCGAGAUCAUGAAGGACGUUGGCGGAUACCACUUCGCCAGAGCCGGCAGCGGUCACCGGUCCGUCCUCGUCCCCCAGCCGUCGGCCGACCCUCACGAUCCGCUCAACUGGUCGCCGCUCUGGAAAGGCCUCACGCUAUUCUCCGCUACCGUGCUCACAUUUGCCCAGACCUUUGGUCCGCUCGCGCUGGCGCCCAUGUUCGGCUCCUACAUCCAAGAAUGGGGACGCGACCUGGCCGACGUCGUGCAGUUCACCGGCGUGGCCAUCCUGGUCCUGGGGUUUAGCAACUUCAUCUGGGUGCCCAUCAUGGUCUGCUUCGGCAGGCGGCCCGUGGCCAUCCUCUCGACACUCGUGUGCUUGGGCAGCGCCAUCUGGCGGGCCCGCGCGACCAGCUACGACUCUUUCAUGGGCGCCUGCAUUCUCAAUGGAGUCGGUGCCGGGCCGAGCGAGACGCUAAUGCCGCAAGUUGUUGCCGACGUCGUCUUCCUCCACGACCGCGGCAAGUACCAGACGCUGUACUUCGGCAUGUACUUCCUAUCACUGACCGUCGGCCCGAUCGUCGCCGGUCCGAUGGCCGAGAACGUGGGCUGGCGGAGCUUCUGGUGGCUCUACACGGGGUUAGUGCUCUUCUGCCUGAUCUGCAGCAUCUUCCUGUUUCCCGAGACGCGAUACCGACGGACGCCAGAACCGUCUUCCGGUAACACGGUCCAGACCGCUUCGCCGGCGUCCGGCAGCGAAACGAAGAUUCCGGACGGCGACGACUCCCAGACGAACGAAAAGAACGCACCGGCAAGCAGUGACGCCGUCAGCAAGGGCAGCGCGGUCGAACCGGAACCAGCCCAUCUCGCCGCCACAGCGGACGGCGGCAAUACCACCCUCGGCCGCGGCCGACCCUCGCGCGCGCAGUUCCUCCCAUUCCAGCGCUACGAGGGCAGCAUCCUCCGGGAGAUCUGGCUACCACUAUACCUGCACGCGUACCCGGUGGUCGACUUCGCGGCCUUUGUCGUGUCGUGGUCGGCGUCGUGCUACCUGGUGGUCAACCUCUCGCAGACGCAGGCGUUCGCGGCGCCGCCGUACAACUACGCGAGCGGCACGAUCGGGCUCUUCAACCUGGCGCUGUUCGGCGGCGGCGUCAUCGGCCUGUUGACCUGCGGGCCGCUGUCGGACUGGGUGGCGGCGCGGCUGACGGAGCGCAACGGCGGCGUGCGCGAGCCCGAGAUGCGGCUGGUCGCCAUGGUGCCCUACGUGCUCGUCAUGGUCGUUGGUAGUGUGGUGACGGCGGUGGGCUACGACAACGCGUGGCCGUGGCAGGCCGUCGUCGUCGUCGGCUACGGCGCGCUGGGCAUGCAGGUCGCCGCCAUCCCGUCCAUCGCCAGCACGUACGCCGUCGACAGUUACAAGCCCGUCACCGGGUCCAUCUUUGUCAUGAUCACCAUCAACAAGAAUCUGUGGGGCUAUGGUAUCGGGAGGUUCCUUACGCCCUGGGCGGCGAGCAGCGGCUUCGAGCCUCCGCUUCUGAUGAACAUGGCUAUGACGGUCGUUUUCUGUGCUUGCGGCAUCAUCUUCUGGUUCUUUGGGAAGAGAUUGAGGGGACUGACAGCAAAGUCGUUCGUACACAAGGAGGACUGAGCCAGACGAAGCGGCAGUGAGAAGAGGCGGGAUGUGGAGGUGUCAUCAUCUCAGGAAAGAGUGAUUUGGCGAUAUUGCUACUAUAAUUGUAUAUUAUAUACCAGGCCUCCUUAAUAGGGAGUUAGUAUAUAAAAGUUACUUUGUCCCAGC